ACAGGAUCGUUUAUUCAGGUAUUGACAUAGAAAGAAAAUCACGUGUUUGUCUGUUUUUGUUUUUAAGGAGGCCGUGGUGCAGUACGAACACUAUGAGCAAGAAAUGAAGCAUCUCCAGCAGCUGAUAGAAGGUGCUCACACCGAGAUUGAGGAUAAACCCGUGGCCACCAGUAAUAUCCAGGAGCUACAAGCCCAGAUUUCUCGGCAUGAGGAGCUGGCUCAGAAAAUCAAGGGCUACCAGGAGCAGAUCGCCUCUUUGAACUCCAAGUGCAAGAUGCUGACGAUGAAAGCCAAGCACGCCACCAUGCUGCUGACGGUGACCGAGGUCGAGGGGCUGGCGGAAGGGACCGAGGACCUGGAUGGGGAGCUCCUCCCCGCGCCUUCGGCCCACCCCUCCGUGGUCAUGAUGACUGCAGGUCGCUGUCACACUUUGCUGUCACCUGUCACUGAGGAGUCUGGGGAGGAGGGAACCAACAGUGAGAUUUCCUCUCCACCUGCCUGUCGCUCCCCUUCACCUGUGGCUAAUACAGAUGCUUCUGUUAAUCAGGACAUUGCAUAUUACCAAGCCUUGUCUGCUGAGAGGUUGCAGUCAGAUGCAGCAAAGGUCCACCCCAGCAUGUCAACAGUUCAGGAGUUCUAUGAACCAGGACUGGAGCCAUCUGCUACUGCCAAACUGGGUGAUUUGCAGCGUUCUUGGGAAACCUUAAAGAACGUGAUCAGUGAAAAGCAACGCACACUCUAUGAAGCUUUGGAACGCCAGCAAAAGUACCAGGACUCCCUUCAGUCCAUCUCUACAAAAAUGGAGGCCAUCGAGAUGAAACUCAAUGAGAGUCUUGAGUCCGACAGGAGCCCGGAAAGCCAGAUGGCUGAACAUCAG